AUGUAUGCCGUGUUUUCGACAAAGAAAGUAUUCCUGGCAUCUACGCUAUUUUCAGCAAUUGGGUCGAUUGUUUGUGCCGUUGCCAAGACGUCGCAUGUGUUUAUCUUUGGUAGAGUUCUGGCCGGCCUUGGGUGCGCCGGCAUGCAAAUUGGAACCACUCUCCUAACAGCAUCUGUCAUGCCCUUGUACAAGCGAUCCUUUUAUGGUGGAAUUAUAGGAACGGGCGAAGUCCUGGCCGUGAUGGCUGGGCCCCUUGUUGCUGGUGGCAUAGCCAAAUCAAUUGGCUGGCCAUGGUGUUUUUGGAUUAAUCUACCUGUCGAUGCUGUCAUCAUUGCGGCUCUCGCAUUUCUGAUAACCGAAAAGAAGACGGAAUCAGGAGCCCUUAGGGUGUCACCAGUCGCAAAAAUCGGCAAACUUGACCUGCCAGGAGGGGUUCUCGUCGCAGGCGGUACGGCAUCUCUGCUCGUGGCCUUGAACUCCGCAGGCGCGAGGAGCUCUUGGACCGAGGCUACAGUGCUGGCGCCUCUCCUGGUAUCUAUUGCUGUUUUCGUUGUUGCUGCAGUGGACCAGCACAAGAAGAAAGACCAAGCAACCUUCCCUACGCGGCUGAUGAGAAAUCGACAUUUUGUCACAAACAUGGUUUGGCUGUUUAUGCAAGCAAGCUCACAAUUACCAACAAUGUACUAUCUUCCGAUAUGGAUACAAGGACUGGCAACCGAUUCUGUUUUACAAGCCUCCAUUGGGAUGGUGCCCAUACUCGCCGCAUCCAUCGUCGGCGCCAUCGCAGGUGGGCUUCUUGCGUGGGCAACACAUUAUCUGCCUCCAGGGACGAUAGCAGGAACUGCAAUAAUGUCAGUUGGCUCAGGAUUACUCUGGAGUUUAAGACCUGACAGCAGUAUGCCGGUUUGGAUUGGGUUUGGUGCCAUUUUCGGAUUGGGAACUGGGUUCACGACGCAACAGGCCGCCGUCGGUGCACAAGCUGAGCUGAAUGAGAAGGACUUUCCUGCGGGAAUGUCAGCCCUUGCAGUGGUGCGGCAUGUUUCUGCAGCUAUCUUCAUCGCCGUGGACCAGACCAUCUUUUUGAGCCGGCUCUCCCAACUCUCGAGCGUUCUACCGGGCUUCAGCACAACAUCCGCUCCCAGCAUUAGCAGGGGCUAUUUGAAGGACCAUGUGACGCCGGAAAACUUUUCUCGGGCACUGGACAUAUACAAUAAAGCCCUGACCAGCAUAUUUCUGGUCUCCAUGAUUCUGGGAAUUGUGGGCUUCCUAACAGCUUUCGUACUUCCUUGGACAUCUCUGAAAAAGCCACAUUCUGGCAAUGAUGAUCUUAACGAGCCAGAUUCCGUCGCGCUUAGUGUGAGGCAUCUUCCAAAGCUUAAAGAACACAGUACAGAUUCGAACAUGGAACAGUAUCGUCACACAAUUGCACUGGAUCGCAAUCUAGAUGAAAGAGGAGGUCAGAAUUCUUGGCUUGGGGAAGGUAUUUAUUUUCAACGGGAAUGCAAAAGCUUGGAACACAUUAGACAACGUUGUAAAUCGUUAUAG